AUGAAGUUAUACAUACCCUUGACACUUCUUUUUGCAGCCCUGGCUAUUGCUGCUCCUGCAGAGACGGAGACGGAUGAUUCUGUUUUGGCGGACACUGAAGCUGCCCCGGCGCUUUGCCGCGACAUCACUCGAUACAAUAAUCUUGCGGACGCCAUAAUGAAAAAUGCCGUCGCGCAUGCUACACACACUGGUGCUAGCCAACCAGCUUUUAUGCGCCGCUUCCUGGAUGAGUAUUUUGGGUUAGAUUGGGCAGACCAUUUUAUCUGA